AUGGCAACACCCACCAACGACAAAAACAAUAGCACCUCCUACCCACCACCACAAAAUCCACCACCCUCCGUCGCCGCAUCUCAUCCCUAUGCAUAUCAUCCACCACCAUUCUAUCAACAACCAGCAACCAUAUUAACCUACCAACAACCCCAAUCCGCCGCGAAAUCUUUCCUCUGCUGCUUCCUUUCUCUCAUAACCGCCAUUGUAGCUAUACUCUUCAUCACUGUCACAAUCAGAUACUUCAUUCUCAAACCACGUUUCCCUGAAUUUAGAGUCAAUUCAGCUACACUCACCUCAUUAAAUUUCAAUAAUAAUAACUCUGGUCUCACCGCUAAAUGGGAUAUCUCACUCAUCGUCUCAAAUCCAAACAAAAAACUCGAAAUCACAUACGACGCCAUUGCCGCCGGUAUCUUUUAUGGAAAUGAGCUUGAGCUUCUAGCAUCAACUCAACUUGCACCUUUUAACCAACCAAAACAGAGCACGAAUAUGAUCGGAGUACAAUUCCAAAUUCUCAAUGAGUAUAUUGAUAACAGUGUUGCUAAUGGUAUUGUUGAUGGAAGAUUACGUGGGUUUAUGCAAUUUGGGAUGGUGUUGAAAGUUUUGAUUAAGCUCAAUGGUUUGUUUCACCCAAAUGAUUUUCUCUUGAAGGUUACAUGUGUACCUUUGAAUUUUGGAAUGUCGAACAACAUUAACAAUGUUACUUGGGUUUUAUUUAGUGGUUUAGAUUGUAGCAUAUGA